AUGGUUGAAGUAUCGCUCACUGUGGGAAAGCUGGACGCUUCCUUGGCGCUGCUACUCACCAAGGAUCAUCACUUGAUCGAGUUUCCUACUAUAUUGCUACCAGACGGGAUUUCCGCAGGCUCAAUUGUCAAGAUAAAUUGCGAUCGUGAUAUUGAGCAGGAGAUCAAAGAUAAGGAGAUUUUUGAUUGUAUUCAAGAUGAGAUUUACAACACAUUUGGCAAAAGCCUUCCCCAGGCCCCUCUGCUAAAGGUGAGGAAUGUCACUCAGACCAGUUGUGUUCUUGAGUGGGAGCCUCUAGACAUUGCCACAGCCUCUCUAAAAUCGCUUACUUUGUUCAAAAAUGGGACUCGUCUUGGUCAAAUCCCAAAUCCGCUGGUCAACACCACCACCAAACUGUCGGGAUUGCCGGUUGACACUCCUUAUACCUUCCAGUUGAGAAUGAAGACGUCAGCUGGCGAAUUUAACUCCAAGCCUGUUCAAAUAGUUACCCACAAAAUGACUGAUUUGAGCGGUAUAAGUGUGUGUCUUGGAGAGAUCGACAGGUACGAGGACUUCACAGUGGAGGACAUCAAAGAGUGUCUCGCCAACAUAGCAGCAAAACCAUUGCAAAAACAGGUUGAAGUUGAUACCACCCAUUUCGUUUGUACUAAGGCCAGUGGUCCCCAAUGGGAGAAGGCUGUGUCCAUGAACAUCCCAGUGGUCAGGCCGGAAUGGCUGAAGGCGUGUGAAUUGGAGAGACGUAUCAUCGGCGUGCGGAUGUUCUACCUAGAUGCCGACCCUGCUGUUUUGAAGCAGCGCAAUUACUGGAAGAAAGCUUCUUCUCAACCGGCAACUCCGACCGAUACCGCUCCUCCUCCAUUGGACAAGGAUGUGACUGAGCCAAAGGCUGAGCCAACUGAAGAGCAGGAGGCCGAAGUAGCUGAGCCAGUGGAGGCUCAAACAACCGAAGCAGAAGCCACAGAAGCCACAGACGAGACAGAGGCCCCUACUGUGCCUGCUCUGAACGAGCCAAUUGACCCAAAGGAGUUUGAUGACAGUCCCACUGCAACCACUUUGAACUCGGAGGAGGCAGCUCAGGCCGAGCCUGUUGAGGUAACGGACGAAGUUGUGGAUGAUUCCGAAGUUGAUGCCGACGCCCAGGCAGCGGAGCCCGAAAUCGUUAUCUCUGCUCCCGAGGAAGCUGUUAGGGAGGAACCAAUAGAAGCAGAGACUGAGGUUGAGACUGAAGUUGAAAUUGCCAAACCUGUUUCUGCGGUGAUUGCUCCCGCGGAAGAAGUCGAGGUUGAGGCUGAGGCUGAGACUGAAACUAAUGAACUAGCUGAAGUGGACGCUGUUGAAACACCCGAAACCGAGGUAGAGGCUUCAGAGGAAAAGGAGGAAUGA